CAUUAGCCUUCUUGCGGGCUGCAGAACGGCGGCUGACGUCACGUGGUGUUCGGAGGAGCUGGGUGGCGCGAGCAGGAGGAGAAGAGAAAGCAGACAGAAGAGCAGGAGAAAGGCAAAGAAAGCAAGGGAGCCCGGGCCCGGCCAUAACACCACAAGGAAGGGCCACCGCGGAGAAACCCACAAUAUACACUCAAUCCCCACAGCUUUCACAUCAUGUCCGCUGCCCAGGUGUCUUCGUCCCGGAGACAGUCGUGUUACCUCUGCGAUCUUCCCCGCAUGCCGUGGGCCAUGAUCUGGGAUUUUACCGAGCCCGUGUGCCGGGGUUGCGUCAACUACGAAGGGGCCGAUCGCAUCGAGUUUGUCAUCGAGACGGCGCGGCAGCUGAAGCGGGCUCACGGCUUCCAGGAGGGCCGCUCGCCGGGGCCGCCUCCUGUCAAAGUGCAGUCUUUGGGCAGCAGCAAAGAGGCAGCUCAGCAGCUCAACCACGUCGACGGCUCGUCCAAGGCACCGCAGCCGCCUCUCGAUCGCUAUUCCCUGAGCGAGAGACCUCGUUUCGAGUACCCGAGCCUCGCCCACGCUGGCAGGCUUCCCAAUGGCCUGAACGGACCCAAUGGAUUCCCUAAACCCGAAGACAUCCCGCCAGAACUGAACCGACAGAGUCCCAAUUCAUCACGGAGAAAUCACGGCAUCGUGCCUCCGGGCCCGGUCACAGUGCCGCCCAACCUGCUGCCUCAGACCACCUUAAACGGUCCGUCUGCAGGAGCUCUGGCUCCGCACGGGAUGCUUGGCCGGCCGUCUCCAUCCAGCAGCAUGGCUGGGACAUCGGUGACGGUCAGCAGCCAAGUCCUGAGCGAUGUAAACAAACGGCCGGGAUCGGUGUCCAGCAGCGACCAGGAGAGGGAACUGAAGGAGAAACAGCGAAACGCCGAGACCCUGGCCGAGCUGGGCGAGAGCUUGAGAAACCGCUCCGAGGACUGGGCCAACAAGCCCAAAAUCGUGCGGGAGACACUUCUCACCCUGUCCAACUGCAACCCUUUUGAUGUACGCUUCAAGAAGGAUCACUCUCUGCUGGGCCGGGUCUUCGCCUUCGAUGCCGUUUCCAAGCCCGGCAUGGACUUCGAGCUGAAGAUCUUCAUCGAGUAUCCGAGCGGCUCGGCCAAUGUCUUCUCCAGCGCCUCCGGCGUAGCCAAGCAGAUGUACCAGGACUGUAUGAAGGAUUUCAGCAGAGGCCUAUCGUCCGGUUUUAAGUACUUAGAGUACGAGAAGAAACAUGGCUCGGGGGACUGGCGCCUCCUGGGUGACCUGCUGCCCGAGUCGGUACGUUUCUUCAAGGAGGUAGUAGGGGCCGACAUGUUGCCGCAGCCCCAUAUAGACGCCAAUUGCCCCAUCUUACCCACCGCUCUGUGCAACAUGCCUCGGCCCCCGCCUAACAGCUCCAGAACUGGGAUGCGCAAGCGGAAAGCGUCUCCCGAGCCCGACUCGGAAACAGGCAGCGUGAAGCUGGAAGAGCGGCAGCAGCAGUGGCUGUCUAACCAGAACGAAGCCUUAAAGCUCACUAUGGCGGCAUCUGGCAGCUUUGGAUCAGGCGGCGUGGCGCACGGGGGAUCCGCUCUGCCACCCAACCGGACCACCCCCCCCGAAUGCAGCACCCAAAAUGGGCAGUCCCCCAUGGCCGCCCUCAUGUCCGUGGCUGACACCCUUGGAAAUGCCCACUCGCCAAAGGACAGCAGCAAUUCCGUACAUUCGACCACGAGUACCAGCACCAGGAGGAACAGCAACAGUCCGGUCUCCCCGGCUUCAGGGGGCGGCCAGCGUCGCAUGGUGUCCAGGAACGGGGAUGCUGCUCUGUCUGUGGCCCCUCCUAACAACCAUCCCAAUCCCAGCAUAGACCCCGUUCACCCCCCAAACAUUCCAGACUCACCGAUGGCCAACAACGGGCCCCUGUGCUGCACCAUUUGUCAUGAACGUUUGGAGGAUACUCACUUUGUGCAAUGUCCAUCAGUGCCCAAUCAUAAAUUCUGUUUCCCAUGCUCUCGGGAGAGCAUCAAGGCUCAGGGGGCGAAUGGAGAAGUUUAUUGCCCCAGUGGAGAAAAAUGCCCUUUAGUAGGUUCAAACGUCCCUUGGGCAUUCAUGCAAGGAGAGAUUGCUACAAUCUUAGCAGGGGACGUUAAGGUCAAAAAAGAAAGAGACCCGUAAUUUUUAAACUUCAGUAAUUGAAGUAAAAUGUGAAUAAGAACUAAAAAGUUAGUCUUAUGUAUAGACAUUUUUCAUUUCCGUCGUAUGUUUCUAUAUUUUGAAACAAGGUAUGUAAUCUUCUUCAUUUGAAGGAUGAACCUGGUUUUGUUUAAAGAAUAUCAGAUAUUAUUGCUUAAUACUGUUUUCACUUAUUGAUGGCAGUGUGUUGGCUAGGUACAAAAUCAUAGCACUUAGCAAUUAACGCUGCUGGUGUGUUUUUGUAAAUGUAUGCACUUCGCUGAAUUGCCAAGGCCAGUGUUGACGUCUGCAGAAAUGCAAACAAAUUGUUACAAAGAAUGGUUACAGUUAGUUAUGUUACGAGCCCUGGGGAUAGUCUCCUACAAAGUGACUUUUUUUAAAAAAAGGUGAGGGGUUCUUUUUAUUAGUUUCCAAGGGCAAAAUAUUUCAUUUUAUGAUUCAGUGAUCUGAAUUUUUUAUAACUUUUUUUUGCUUUAUGGAUGCACGAAUGCUUUAAAUAGUAGAGCAAAAUGCUGUACUGUAUAUGACAAAACUGCUCUGUUUGUUCUUUAUACAUUUCUGUAGUAACAGAAGACUGUAAUGUGCCUUGGAGCUGAAUAAAUUGUAAUAAAUUCGAUGAAUAAGCUCCCUGACUAGUCAAUUUCUUUACAGAUUGUAAGAAAUGUGAACAAAUUGGAUGUGGAUACCUGUGAGAAAAUGUUUGCUUUAUUGCUUUAAAAGUUACAUUACUACAAUCUCUGUCAGAGAUGUCUUUCUUCUAAUUAAAUAAAUACUAUCAUCGCAAUAUUUGUCUUGGCAAAGAGCCCACAUUUUUAUAAAUCACCUGAAUGCUUAUCUUCAAAAACCUGCUGAUUCAGGUUUUUCCAUUCACUUUUUUUACUGGUCUAAAACCUGACGAGUUCCACUGAAACAAAAUAUGAAAUAAUUGUUCUGAGAUUAAAGGCACUUUAAAGUGAUUGAAUGUUACUGUGUGAAAUCAAUGGCAGUUAGUUAACUGUAGUGGUCCAGGUAAUUGCAACAAGUUUGAACACAGAUGUCAGACCAAAAAACAGCUGUUUCACUUUGAGCUAAUAAAGAAAGCAAGGGCUGUGAUGCUGGUACAGGGAACUGUAUCCUGCAUUCUGUGCAGCAAAUUCUUAUUCUGAAUAAAAUGCUUUUUAAAUUUAUCUCUUCAGAUCAUAUGCACUUUAAGACCGGCAGUUCAAUAUUUAUUCAUGUUCAAAAACAUUCUUCUGAUAUAAAAAUGAAUUCCAUUUCCUUGCCUUUUACACAUUUGCAAGGCUUACACUUCUGGUAGUUUGUCCUAAUGUCUAAUCACAAGGUAUGUUUCCACAAAGUACAUAUUAAAAAAACUUAAUGCAGUGGAUACUGCAACUGGACUGCUACAGUUAAUAUUUUCUUAGUGUGCACAAUUGAGUUUUUAUAUCUGAAAAAUGCACUUUCCCUGAACAUUGAAAUAUUUGAAGUAUUCAUUUCUCACUUUUGAAAGGUUAAUGGUGAAAAUUAAAGAGGAAGUUGGUGUGAAAGUAGACUUAAUUAACUGGAGAUGCAGUGUGAUAUUUUUAUGUUUGUUUUGAAUCACAACCUUUUUGCAAGUUUAGAACAUAUUCCAAAGCUAACAGUCAAAUGUAUCACUUUUAAUUGAAGGACUAGGGAAAUGUGAUGAGAGCUGAAAUGUGCUGUUGGAUUUUUUAAUCAAACCCACUAUAAAUGUUUUAUUCGUAAAUUAUCAAAACCCUUGUAAUGUAACCUGGCAAUUUCACAUUGGUAUUAAUAGUUCCUUAUUGCUGCUAAGCUGCAUAUAUUCCAUAAAUGAUUAACAGCAUAAAAUUAAGUUCCUUAAUGUGAUAGCUGAUACUGUUUUCAAAGAAUAACUGAACCCUAUUUGAUCUUUAAUCGAGGGCUUGUGCACUCAAGAUUUAUAGCUCCAGACCAGUUUGUUUACACAGCUGUUCUUCAUCAGUAGGUUUUGAUUCUGAAGGUACAAAGUUGGGAGUUAUUUUUAUAUUUUAAUUACAAGGAUUUUUAAUAGUUAUUGUUGAUGUUUGAUAAGACAUUUUGCUUAUAGCCUUGAUCUUGGCCUCUGCCAAAUUACAUGUUCUCACAAUAUGGUCUAGGUAACAAGUUCCAGUAAGGUUUUAAACAACAAUAUAACUGAAAUAAUUUACCAACUAAUGACCAUAUUUAAGUUAGUUUUUCAAAUUUUCUAAGAAUAUUUGGAUGUAGAGCAGAUCCAGAGAAGGUGUUUCUUGUCCAUUUUCUCCACCACCAAUACUAAAGCUGAAAUUUUCACUUUGAUAUACACAUUAUUUGAAAUGGAUCUUUUCAGCUUUCUAAUGCCCUGGUUUUACAUCAUCAUGAAUAUAUUCUUGACUACUCUGAUAGAUUUAAAUAGAAAUAUGAUCACGUUUAACCAGAAACUGGACGCUUGAAGAUUUGGAUAGUAAUUCUCUUAAAAUUUGAAAUGAUGCAUUAGUUUUAUGUUUUAAUUUGAACCACGAAUAUUUUUGUGCUGAUGUAUGUUUAUCCAUUUGCUGUUCUAUUUCACAUUUAUCUUGGUAAACAGAAAUUCUGUAGUAUUUCAAAUGAUGAGCCCAGUACUUCAAAGAACAAAGCAUAUAUUACACACCAUAAACUUAGUGAAGCAUCAAACAAAUACUGUAGAGAGGUAAUAAAAUUAUUACUUGCUUUGAAUUUAUAUAUCUAAAAAGAUGGGUCUAAUAGAAAAAUACCUGAGGGAGUACUGAGUGAAAAAAGUUGGCCCAAUAUUUGUGCAAUGAAAUUUGUAUAUUUAAUAGAAUGUACUGUGUUGGUAUGUGCAAGUGUAUUACAAAGUCUUAAAAGUUUUUUUAAAUGACCCAUGAUACAAAAACAAUUAAUAAAAGCAAUCAUCAGAAUAGGCAAUUGCAGGGCUUGCGGGGGAAGUGGAAGAUGACCAGUAAAGAGUGGAUGAUAGUACUGAGAGAAAGCUAGACAGUAUCUGGAUAUAUAUCAAGUUGUAGUGAUUUUUUAAAAAGUAUAUAUACUUUUGACAUUUUAUGAAGAGUUUCACACUAAUUCAGUGGAGAAGCAGACUUUUAGAUCUGAAGUGUUUUAGGUCUGACUUGAUGGUUUUAAGAGUAGAAGAUAAUAUUUUUAGAUGUUGCCAAGGAUGGACUAGCUGUAUCCACAUUACAUGUUGUUUGCCAUUGUAAAAUAGAGGAAUUAAUAUUGAUGCGCACUCCAGUUCUAAAGCAAUGGAAUGUAAACUUCAAAACUCAAAGUUCACAUACAGAAUACUAUACAAUACUUGGGUUCAUUGGAACAAAUUAUGGAUCAGUUGAUUAGAAAGACAAUUAAUUUCUCUUGGAACUCACAAAAAACAAUGUAUGAAGGCAUAGUAUAUCUGGAGUACAGAGAGGAGGAUACUGCACAGAUUUGCAAUUGCUUACUAGAACACCUAAUAUUCCAUGCUUGACAAUUAAUGUAUCAUUUACUUUUUCACAUGUAUGGAAUCCACAUGUAAUCCAUACAUUAGGCUUUGGUACAAUUUCUGCAUUCUUUUAGGAAAUUUUAUUGUGAUUUUCAGACUUCCAUGCUGUUGCUUAAGAAUUGCAAGAAAAUUAUUUUAUGUGCUCUCUUGUAUGUAUCCUCAGAUUAGUUUAAUGGCAUCAACUUUACUGAUGUUUUAUGGCAUUACUUAAUUCCAACUGACUUGAUGUCUAAUGUAAGUAAUUUUGCUGAUUAGAGUAAAUGUGCUGGGGUUACACCAGAAGUUUGCUGAGUUGGAAAUGCCCAUAAAGAAAAUAAAUUACUUUUAUUCAAAUUUUCAGUUCAAACAACAUAGAACACUUACCAGAAAAACUGAAAUGAAUGUUCCAUUUGACAUUUAAACAAAAGUUCCUAUUGUCAGAAAGUUCUUUGUUUUAGACUUUAUUGAAGUUAACCCCAUAUGAUGUGUUUAACAUUGAAAAAAUUGCCUUGUCUGAGUAAUAGUUAUUACUUGAAUGCUGCAUGCCAUGACCUGAAAUUUUCUGCAGUCCAACAAGUUUUAAAUAUGAUCAUUUAAGUGUACAGCGUAAUCCUAUUUGGCUAUAUUUUGCUUUGCUGAGUUGCCAUUUCUUUUAUUCUGUAGUUAUUCUCAUCUAUGUUCCCUUCCCCACUGUAGGACUCCUGAUUUUUAAAGAAGCUCAACAUAUAGCUAUUUGUAACGUAGUUUAAAUAUUUGCAUCAUGCAUGCCACUGGUGGAACUGUGGAAUACAAGCAGUAUUAUAAAGCUGUUCAGAAAGCAGAUGCAAAAGGAAAAAGUACCUGCAGGUGCAGCCCUUUCUAUAUAAAUUCAUUGCCAUUUUAUGUCUUUCAUAUAUUUGGGUGACUUAUGAAAAAUUUCCUUAGAGAAAUCCCUCUGUAAAAGACUAGCUAAGAAUGCAAUGCUGUUGCUGAUGUAACAGUAUCUUGGUGUUUUCCAAGAAGGGAUAUGGGUGGGUGCACUUAGUGAUUCAUUUAUAUAUUGAACUUGAUCAGUUCAGAGUUGUUGAGCAAUAGAUUUCUUUUACAAUAUUGAGCUAAUAAAUAAACACAACCUGUUGAAAGUAUUCUCCUAAAGGCAGCUUUUCCUUUGACCCUGUCAUUUCUGCUAAUAAGUGUAUAUGAUUAUAAGUGUAAAAUACUUGUACCUGUAAUGUUCCUUGUUUAAAAUAAUAAAUGUAUCACAAAAA